GAGGCGGUGGCGAAGGAAGCGCGCCCAAGCCGAGUCAGGGGCUUCUUUUGCCGGUCAUCCAGGCUUCAGCCGCCCGCCCCUCCUCCCCGCAUCUUGCUCUCGCCAGGAGGGGGAAUCGUAGCCUGCCGCGGAGCAGGUAGGGCAAGAGGGGGCGGGUCUCUCUGGGUCUGGGAUGCAGCCGGGACGGGGGAUCGUGUCGGGCGGGAUCCAUGAAAUGGCCACAGAGGACAAAGUAUCUCCAACCCUGGACUCUGUGAAUGAUCUGCCCAGCUCUCCUGGCAGUCCUUCUCACCUUACACACUUCAAACCUUUGACCCCUGACCAAGAUGAACCUCCAUUUAAAUCUGCAUACAGCUCUUUUGUAAAUCUGUUUCGUUUCAGUAAAGAUGAUAGCCGAAUUGCAUCCUCUGCAGAGAGAACAGAGACUGGACAGGGUGACCAACAGACAGUGAAUGCAAAUUGGUCAAGUCCCCAACAUUCAUUGAGGUCCCACUCACAAAGAUCCUCACCUGUAGCUUACAAAAAAUCACAGCCUUCUGGGGAGAGAAGAUCUUCUGCAACUUUAGACAAUCGAAGGAAAGACCCUCCUAUCAGCGGUCAUGAUCCUCGGACAGCUGUUCAACUUAGAAGCCUUAGCACAGUCUUGAAACGUCUCAAAGAAAUCAUGGAAGGAAAAAGCCAGGACAGUGAUCUGAAGCAAUACUGGAUGCCAGAUAGCCAGUGUAAAGAAUGUUAUGACUGCAGUGAGAAAUUCACCACCUUUCGACGCAGGCACCACUGCCGGCUAUGUGGGCAGAUUUUCUGCAGCCGUUGUUGCAACCAGGAAAUCCCUGGAAAAUUUAUGGGUUACACAGGUGACCUCAGGGCUUGCACUUACUGUCGUAAAAUAGCCUUAAGCUACGCACACUCCACAGAUGGCAAUUCCAUUGGGGAAGACUUGAGUGUUCUGUCUGAUUCUGCUAGCUGUGUGUCAAUCUUGGAUCCUGUGGAACCACGGACUCCCGUAGGCAGCAGAAAAGCUAGCCGCAACUUCUUCCUGGAAGAAGACCUUACCUGGCAAAGCUUGAUUCACCCAGAUUCAUCAUCCUCAACUUUGUCCACACGGCUUGGAUCUGUUCAGGAAGAAGCAGGGAAAUCACCGGCUCGGAAUAGAUCAGCCAGCAUUACUAACUUGUCCCUGGAUCGAUCGGGGUCUCCCAUGGUGCCUUCUUAUGAGACAUCUGUCAGUCCACAAGCUAAUCGCACCUACGUGAAGGAGGCCAACGAGGAUGAGCGCAAAAUUCUUCUGGACUCCGUCCAGUUAAAGGACCUGUGGAAGAAAAUAUGCCAUCACAACAGUGGGAUGGAAUUCCAGGAUCACCGUUAUUGGCUGCGCACACAUCCCAACUGUAUUGUGGGAAAGGAGCUUGUCGACUGGCUCAUGAGAAAUGGCCACAUCACCACCAGAGCUCAAGCUAUUGCGAUAGGACAGGCUCUGGUAGAUGGCCGUUGGCUGGACUGCAUCAGCCAUCACGACCAGAUCUUUAGAGACGAGUAUGCACUCUACAGACCCCUACAGAGCACGGAAUUUUCUGAAACACCUUCUCCAGACAGUGAUUCUGUCAACUCUGUGGAAGGCCAUUCUGAGCCAUCCUGGUUCAAAGACAUCAAAUUUGACGACAGUGACACGGAACAAAUUGCAGAAGAUGGAGAUGACAAUUUGACCAAUUCCGCCAGCCCUAGCAAGCGCACCUCAAUCAGCAGCUUCCAGUCUGCCAUGGACAGCGACUCAGCCGCUUCCAUCAGCCUAAACGUGGAGCUGGACAACGUGAACUUCCAUAUCAAGAAGCACUCCAAGUACCCACAUGUGCCCCCUCACCCUGCUGACCAAAAAGAGUACUUGAUUGCUGACAAUGGAGGACAGCAAAUGAUCUCAAUAAGUGACGCUUUCAUCAAAGAGUCCCUGUUCAAUCGGAGGGUUGAAGAAAAAUCCAAAGAGCUGUUUUUCACACCCUUAGGGUGGCAUCACAGCAAUCUGGACCUACUCAGGGAAGAAAAUGGGGAAAAGCAAGCCAUGGAGCGGCUGCUCUCAGCUAACCACAACCACAUGAUGGCCCUGCUUCAGCAGCUGCUCUACAAUGAGGCACUCUCUCUUUCUUGGAGGGACAUCAUUGUCCCCGUGGUCUGCCAGGUGGUUCAAACGGUCCGGCCCGAUGUCAAGAACCGGGAUGAUGACAUGGACAUCCGCCAGUUUGUCCAUAUCAAAAAAAUUCCAGGUGGGAAAAAAUUUGACUCGGUUGUGGUGAAUGGCUUUGUAUGUACCAAGAAUAUAGCACAUAAAAAGAUGAACUCCUACAUUAAAAACCCCAAAAUUCUUCUGCUAAAGUGUUCCAUCGAGUACCUCUACCGAGAAGAAACAAAAUUUACUUGUAUUGAUCCCAUUGUCCUGCAGGAAAGGGAGUUCUUGAAAAACUACGUCCAGCGGAUAGUGGAUGUCAGGCCUACUUUGGUCUUGGUUGAAAAAACAGUGUCCCGUAUCGCCCAGGAUAUGCUGCUGGAACAUGGCAUCACCUUGGUCAUUAACGUGAAGCCGCAAGUCUUGGACAGAGUGAGUCGGAUGACGCAGGGGGAUGUACUGAUGUCCAUGGAUCAGUUGCUGACCAAACCACAUCUGGGAACCUGUCAUAAAUUUUACAUUCAAGUGUUUCAGUUGCCUAAUGAACAAACAAAGACACUGAUGUUUUUUGAAGGAUGCCCUCAGCACCUGGGUUGCACCAUCAAGCUACGUGGUGCGGGCGAUUAUGAGUUGGCUCGCGUGAAAGAGAUUCUUAUCUUUAUGAUCUGCGUGGCUUAUCAUUCCCAACUGGAGAUAUCCUUCCUUAUGGAUGAAUUUGCCAUGCCUCCAGUGUUGACGAGAAGCAGCUCUGUUCACUCCCUGAUUGAAGGGCAGGGGGAAGAAAAUGGGCAGCAAGAACUGUUCUACAGAGAAGUCAGCACAGCAGGAAAAGACGUGGAUGCAGCCUCUGACAAGUUGCCUGUUAUCGCCGAAUCAAUAUCUUCAGAUGAGAUAGGCUCUCUGGAGUGCAGGACAUUGACAGAAGAGGAUUACCAGGAGAGCACUGACCUACAAGAACCUUUCAUCCAGGAGCAGAAAGCGCUUCUUUCAGUGGAUUCUUCCAAUGGAGCAGCACCCUCUCCUGCAUCAAAAUUAGUGCCGGAGCCAUCAUUAGGCCUUGACCUGACUGACCAACAGCUGGGGAUAUCAGAGAGCAAGCAGUUGGAGAAUCUGGGGGCCAUGGAUGACUUCCAGGAGCCCAAAAGUCCAACCAGGGAAUUUAGGGACCCCUUGCAAGAUGACACUGGAUUGUAUGUUACAGAGGAAGUAACUUCCUCUGAAGAUCGCCUCAAAGCCUUCUCUCUGGCAUUUAAGCAAGAGCUGAAAGAUAUUAUUCUGUGUAUUUCCCCCAUAAUCACAUUCUGUGAGCCCUUUCUGCUAACAGAGAGAGGCAUGAGAUGUCCUACCAGGGAGUAUUUCUUGGAGCAGGUCUAUUUGUCUCCUCGGCUGAACAAAGAGUACAAAGAACUUGACAGCAGAAGGAAAAAACAGCUAUUACGGGAUCUGUCAGGAUUGCAGGGAAUGAAUGGGAGCAUCCAAGCCAAGCCUGUGCACAUCUUACCUUCUCAUGAACUUGUUAGCACCAGAAUUGCCGAGCAUCUAAACAAUAGCCAGAGUUUGGCCAGAAUGGUGGCUGACUUCCGGGCCAGGGGAGGAAGGAUUGUGCAGAAAGACUUGGACCCAUUUGCACAGUCUAAAGAGACAUCUGCUGUGAAAUUUGGAGCUAGGACUGAUGAGGACGAGAGGGGGUUUAUGCAGAAUGAGUCUGUGUGGUCUCAUAAAGUGGACUGUCUCAACCCUGCAAACCACCAGAGGCUCUGCGUCUUGUUCAGCAGCUCUUCAGCCCAGUCCAGCAAUGCUCCAAGUGCCUGCGUUAGCCCAUGGAUGGUGAUAAUGGAGUUUUAUGGCAAGAAUGACCUCACUUUAGGUGUGUUUCUAGAAAGGUAUUGUUUCAGGCCUUCCUACCAGUGUCCGAGCAUGUUCUGUGAAACGCCCAUGGUGCACCACAUCCGUCGCUUUGUCCAUGGGCAAGGCUGUGUACAGAUCAUCUUGAAGGAACUCGACUCCCCAGUGCCUGGCUAUCAGCAUACAAUUCUUACCUACUCCUGGUGUAGAAUAUGCAAGCAGGUGACACCAGUUGUCCCACUUUCCAGUGAUUCAUGGUCUAUGUCCUUUGCCAAAUACCUUGAGCUGCGCUUUUAUGGGCACCAGUAUACCCGAAGGGCCAAUGCUGAGCCGUGUGGCCACUCCAUACAUCAUGACUAUCAUCAGUAUUUUUCCUACAAUCAGAUGGUGGCAUCCUUCAGCUAUUCUCCUAUACGUUUGCUGGAGGUGUGUGUCCCUCACCCUAAGAUCUACAUAAAACGUCAGGUGCCACUAAAGGUUGCUAUGCUUCAAGACUUGAAGGACUUUUCUCAAAAGGUUUCUCAGGUGUAUAUUGCUGUUGACGAGCGCCUCACCUCUCUGAAAACUGAUACCUUUAGCAAAACCAGGGAAGAGAAGAUGGAGGACAUUUUUGCCCAAAAGGAGAUGGAGGAAGUAGAGUUUCGAAACUGGAUAGACAAAAUCCAGGCGAGGAUGCUUUCUUCAUCACUCGACACUCCACAGCAGCUGCACUCCAUUGCUGAAUCUCUGAUAGCCAAAAAGCAAAGUCUUUGUGAGAUGCUGCAAGCUUGGAACAGCAGGUUACAAGAUCUGUUCCAACAAGAGAAAGGGAGGAAACGUCCCUCGGUACCUCCUAGUCCUGGGCGACUGAGGCAAGGUGAAGAGAGUAAGAUUAGCUCAAUGGAUGCAUCUCCUCGCAAUAUUUCUCCAGCACUACAAAAUGGUGAGAAAGCAGAGGAUCGGUUCCUGACGACUUUGUCAAGCCAGAGCUCUACAAGCUCCUCUCUUCUCCAGCUUCCAACUCCUCCAGAAGUGGUUUCUGACCAGCUGACCGGGGGUGCCUCCUUUGCCAGUGCACUCUCUGAAGCAGACACAGCUGGCAACUCAGAAGAUGUGUUUGAUGGCCAUUUGCUGGGAUCCACAGACAGCCAGGUGAAGGAGAAAUCCACAAUGAAGGCUAUUCUGGCAAAUUUCUUACCUGGAAAUAGCUACAAUCCCAUUCCAUCCCCUUUUGAGCCUGACAAACAUUACCUGAUGUAUGAGCACGAACGUGUCCCUAUUGCUGUUUGUGAAAAGGAACCAAGCUCCAUCAUCGCCUUUGCUCUCAGUUGCAAGGAAUACAGAAGUGCCUUAGAGGAAUUAUCCAAAGUGUCUCUGAAGAGCAAUGUUGAAGAGGGACUUCAAAACAACAGUCUGAAUGAGAGCAGAGCGAAGAACAGCAGUCCCGUCCGGCUGCCUGACACGAAUGUGGGGCAAUCUAAUCAAGCAGCAGAGACAGAACAACCAAAGAAGCCCUACGGAGUCCUGUCCUUCUUCCGAGGGACUGGAGGUAGAAGCCCUGACCUCUCUUCCCAGAAAAAGGAAACCUUACGAGGAGCAGACAGUGCCUACUACCAGGUUGGGCAGACAGGCAAAGAAGCGGCAGAGAACCAAGGAGCAGAGACUCAAGAUGAGGCAGAUGGAGGUGAUGCACAAAAGAAACAGCUAGGAAAUCCACAUGUCGAACUCCAAUUCUCUGAUGCAAAUGCCAAGUUCUACUGCCGGAUUUACUAUGCAGGAGAGUUCCAUAAAAUGCGUGAAGUGAUACUUGGAAGCAGUGAAGAAGAUUUCAUCUACUCCCUCUCUCACUCGCUGCCAUGGCAGGCACGAGGAGGCAAAUCAGGAGCUGCUUUUUAUGUGACUGAAGAUGACCGAUUCAUCUUGAAACAAAUGCCCCGCCUAGAAGUCCAGUCCUUUCUAGACUUUGCCCCACACUACUUCACAUACAUUACUAAUGCAGUUCAGCAAAAGAAGCCAACAGCACUGGCCAAGAUUCUUGGUGUGUAUCGAAUUGGUUAUAAGAAUUCUCAGAACAACACAGAAAAGAAGUUGGACCUUUUGGUCAUGGAAAACCUCUUUUACGGCAGAAAGAUGACCCAGGUCUUUGACCUGAAAGGAUCCUUGCGGAAUAGAAAUGUCAAAAUGGACACUGGGAAAGAAAGCUGUGAUGUGGUUCUGCUGGAUGAAAACCUCCUGAAGCUAGUGCGGGACAAUCCCUUGUAUAUCCGUUCCCACUCCAAGGCUGUGUUGAAGGCUUCCAUCCACAGCGAUUCUUAUUUCCUUUCCAGCCAUCUCAUCAUCGACUAUUCUCUGCUGGUGGGCCGGGAUGAUACCACCGAUGAACUUGUGGUUGGGAUUAUAGAUUACAUUCGCACGUUUACCUGGGACAAAAGGCUUGAAAUGGUGGUGAAGUCUACAGGGAUCUUAGGAGGCCAAGGUAAAAUGCCUACUGUAGUUUCUCCAGAAUUGUACCGUACCAGGUUUUGUGAAGCGAUGGACAAGUAUUUUUUGAUGGUACCAGAUCACUGGACCGGACUGGGCCUGAAUUGCUAAGGUAAAGCACCUGUCAAGUGAUGCAAUGGAAUAAUUUCUUCUGGUUCAAAAAGAACGCAGCUGCCAUUCCUCCCACAAUUCAGUCUCUCCAAUCGCAGCUAACCGAUCUCCAGCCACUGCCAUCAAACUGUGUGUGUCUAAGAUAUGAAGUCUGCGCUUUAGGUGUUGGAACAUUAAGGAAAGAAGCUGGAGCAGAAUCACUCAGAGUUACUCAGAAUCAGAACUGUAGUUUCACAAGGACACAAAAGGGACCCUGAAGCAGGCAAGCCUCUCACCGUGGUGACAUCAUUCACAGGUUGCUAUAAAUCACAUUGGAGCACUGAAGCCAGUUUGUGGGGAUGACUUGCAUAGAAGAAGCCUGUGGCUUUUGCGCAUGGUAUAAAGUGUCUUAAUAUGAAAAGCCAGUGGGCAUUCUGGCCCCAAAUCAGGCUGUUGAAGCUAUCACACUGGGGCUGUUGCUGUCUUUAAAAUGUACUUCUCAGUGCUGAGGAACCAAGUAAGUCUCUUAAUAAGGCUUCUGCUGUGUGACAAGAGUUGCUUCUAUAAGAAUUAUUUGUGAUAUUUUGCCUGUUCUGCACUGAUGUUGUUUUUACGUAUUUCCAUGAGCAGUAUUUGAUGAGGAUUUUAGCCAUUUAUCUACAUUCCACUUCAUUAUUUGUAGCCCUGCUUUCUUUUAAUGGUAAAAAAACCUCGAUAGAGUCAAACAUUUUAGUGAUGGGCAACUUGUCCCUUUGUGUCCCAGCUUAGGUUCAUCAAAACUCCAAAAAAUAUAGCUGUCCUUUUUCAUAUGGAAUGCACCACAAACCAUUUUUUCUCAGACGGAAGCUCUUUGACUAGUAAUUUCAGUUCAUAUCCAAAAGGGCCUGCCGCUCCCAGCAGCCCUAGUCCAAAUGGUUGGUGGCAAUGAAUGAUGGGAGUUGUAGACCAGAACACUUGGAGGGGCCCAGGUUGUCCAUCCCAAUUCCCCUCUACCACUCUCCCCUCCCAUUCUAAGUACUACCAGAAAUAGUCACUUUUCCUAUAUUCCCCUCCCCAGCCUCACUCCACCUGAGGCACAUGGUUACUUUUGAUUAUUUUUUCAUUCAAUCACUAAUGGCUGCCUUAAGGAAUCAGUCUGCCACUUUAGAUAAUCCUGGUUUCUUUUCUUUUUAGUACCAUUUUAGGAAGGCAACAUUCAAGUCUCUACACACAACACACUUUGGUUGUGUGAACAAAUGGGUUCUUUCAAGAAAAGUUCUUUUGGCACUGUGAAAACUCAUUUUGGGUUUUUGUAGAUGCUCUAAACAACAGAUGGGUUGUGUGCCACAAUAGACCAGAUUCAUGGAGAUCUAGACAUCUGCACAACCUCAGAAUAAGCACUUUUUAAUUUUUUUUCCCUGUAAGUAUGAAUGUUUACUUGAGUUUGUACAUAAUAAAGGCCAGUAAAAAUCAA